GUUGUGGAUAAAACACAAACACAGAUAGCAUCAAGUAGUACUGAGUUCAGUUGGUGGAGAUGGAAGCAGUACUAGCGUCCCGCCAUUUGUCCACGCCACUCUCUCACCACCGAACCACCGCCUCUUCUUCGAGCAAGCUUUGUUCUUCCCUUUCUUAUAGGAAUUCUUUCGCGAAAGAGAUAUGGGGUUUUGUUCAGUCGAAAAGCGUAACUAUGAGAAGAAUGGAUAUGAUUCGUCCAGUUGUGGUCAGAGCUGAAAUGUUUGGUCAGUUAACUACUGGUCUUGAAUCUGCCUGGAACAAACUCAAAGGAGAAGAGGUUUUGACCAAAGACAAUAUUGUGGAGCCUAUGCGAGAUAUUAGGAGAGCUCUUUUAGAAGCUGAUGUAAGUCUUCCUGUUGUAAGAAGGUUUGUGCAAUCUGUUACUGAUCAGGCUGUGGGUGUUGGAGUCACUCGAGGAGUCAAACCCGAUCAACAAUUGGUUAAGAUUGUUCAUGAUGAACUUGUACAAUUGAUGGGUGGAGAGGUCUCGGAAUUGACUUUUGCCAAAACUGGGCCCACUGUCAUUUUAUUGGCUGGACUCCAGGGAGUUGGGAAGACAACCGUGUGUGCAAAGUUAGCAAAUUAUUUCAAGAAACAGGGGAAGAGUUGCAUGCUAGUUGCCGGGGAUGUUUAUAGACCUGCUGCUAUCGACCAGCUUACUAUCUUGGGUAAACAGGUGGACGUCCCUGUAUAUACAGCAGGUACCGAUGUUAAACCAUCAGACAUUGCUAAACAAGGUUUUGAAGAGGCCAAAAAGAAGAAAAUUGAUGUGGUUAUUGUUGACACUGCUGGUAGGCUGCAGAUAGACAAAGCAAUGAUGGAUGAGUUAAAAGAUGUGAAACGGGUACUGAAUCCAACAGAAGUCUUGUUAGUUGUGGAUGCUAUGACAGGGCAAGAAGCAGCAGCUUUGGUGACUACUUUCAAUCUUGAGAUUGGAAUAACUGGUGCCAUCUUGACAAAGCUAGAUGGUGAUUCAAGAGGUGGAGCAGCUUUGAGUGUCAAAGAGGUAUCUGGAAAGCCAAUUAAGUUGGUAGGACGCGGGGAACGCAUGGAAGAUCUUGAACCUUUCUACCCCGACCGAAUGGCUGGGCGAAUACUAGGAAUGGGAGAUGUCCUUUCAUUUGUGGAGAAGGCACAAGAAGUUAUGCAACAAGAAGAUGCUGAGGACCUGCAAAAGAAGAUCAUGAGUGCAAAGUUUGACUUUAAUGAUUUUCUAAAGCAAACCCGUGCUGUUGCACAAAUGGGUUCUGUGUCCCGAGUCAUUGGGAUGAUUCCUGGUAUGGCAAAGGUUACUCCUGCUCAAAUUCGAGAAGCAGAGAGGAAUUUGGAGAUUAUGGAAGUGAUAAUAAAAGCAAUGACCCCUGAGGAAAGGGAAAAGCCAGAACUGUUGGCAGAAUCCCCUGUUAGGAGGAAAAGAGUUGCUCAGGAUUCAGGGAAAACAGAGCAGCAGGUAAGCCAACUUGUAGCUCAACUAUUUCAAAUGCGUGUUCGGAUGAAGAACCUAAUGGGUGUAAUGGAAGGUGGAUCGAUGCCAACACUUAGUAAUCUUGAGGAAGCACUUAAAACAGAGGAAAAGGCUCCACCUGGCACUGCAAGGAGGAGAAAGAAAGCAGAGUCAAGGAGGUUAUUUGCAGACUCAACGUUAAGGCAACCUCCUCGUGGAUUUGGGAGCAAAAACUGAAAAAUUCUAAAUAUGAUUGACACGCAACAAUAUGAUGGGAGAGUUUGGAAUUUGGAUCAGCAUGUCACUGGCGAUCAACUAGUUUGAUUUAGCUUUCUUUAGAUAAGAUAAUUUCCUUCCAUUGUUAGAUCGAUUCAUUCAUGUAGUAAUGAGUGCUGUCCUGGAGUUUGGUGAAAUUUAGGCAGAAAUGAGAUGUACGUGCGGGAUGUGCGAAUAUAAGAAGUAUUACCAUCCAAUAUUUUGAAUUGACUUUCGAACUUGCAAGCUUAACUUUGUCCCUUGAUUCAUUUAUAGUUUUGAAAUGCGUAUAA